AUGCAGCCCACCAAACCCCUCUGGCUCAGCCUAAUCCGCCAGCUCGCCGACGGACACGACUCCAAUCCAGGCGCAGCCCCGGCCGGAGCUCGAUCCGAAGCUGGCACCGGCGACAAAUGGUCCCUCUUCGUCGCGCCCGAAGGAGAGCCCGGCCUGCUCUACUCACUCAACCCAACUGCAACCGACGUCUACGUCUACGAGGCGCCCCAGCACGCCGUCUCCCUCCCCAACGCCAACUCCACGUGGUCCAUGUACACGAUGCGAACCGUGAGUGCCGCGGAAGCAAACACCGUGCACGAGGUCGUCAGCCGCCAGAGCAUCCCUACCGGGCCCUUGCAGCCGGGUUCCGCGCAUGGCGGACGUGCGUUUGGAGCCUUCGUUAGCGCCAGCCAGUUGUGGGUCGAGGGCAUCGUGCGUGAACUGGUGGAGGAGCGGGUUCUGGAACACCAGGUGCUUCGGUAUGUGCGCUCGAUGAUGGGGCCCAGCCGGCUUGCGCAUUUCAAGCAUCAGGACCAAGACCAAGAAUAA